AUGGCCUUGCUGCUGCCCAAUGCAUGCAGUGUUGCACCCCCCUCCGGAGCUGAGGAAGUCUCUGAUCAGCGACUUUCGGGGUCCAAAGGGCACACAGAGGCGCCUGCCUGCGAAGGCGAAGGCACUUCUGCGUCUCGCGCCUCCUCGCCCCCUCUGCCUGCCGCGGGAAAGCUGUUGCCGCUGGGAGCAGCCGAUGUUUUGGCAGCAGCAGCUUCGGCAGAGAACAGUGCUGCAGCCGUCGCCGCAGAGGCACCCCCUGUCAGGGUGCAGAAUGUGAUCGCAAGCGGCCGAGUGUCUGUUGAGGGGCGGAGGAGCGCCUGUCUGGACUUGAGACGCAUUGCCGUCAGCUGCCGCCUUGCAGAAUACAACCCCCGUAAAGUCAAUGCCUGCAUCAUUCGACUCAGGAAGCCAAAGUGCACCGGUCUCAUCUUCAGGUCGGGGCGGGUAAUGGUGACGGGUGCACAGAGCGAAGACGCUGCUCUCCGAGCUGCACGACUCCUCGUGAAAAUGCUGCAAGCCGUUUUAGGCGCUCCCAAAAUUCAGCUUACCGAAUUCGCCAUUGAAAAUAUCGUGGCGACGGCGGAUUGUGGCUUGCCGGUGCGGCUAGAAGGCUUGGCUUUUGAUCACAAGGAAUUCUGCAGCUACGAACCUGAACUGUUUGCUGGCCUUGUCUACCGCUACAACCCGACUCCAUCUCUCAAGGCUGUCCUGCUUAUCUUCGUCAGCGGCAAAGUUGUGAUCACCGGCUGCAAGACGGCUGCGGAGAUUCAAGAGGUUUUCCAUUCCUUCUUCCCUGUGCUUCUCAAAUACCACACUUGA